AUGGCUGCCAAUACCACCCAAAAACAUCCACUGGGUUCUCCUCAAAAGCAUAUUGAAAUGUGUGAAUCUCACGAUUUACCUAUUGAUAUGAUAUGUGAGGACUGUGAUGAAUACAUUUGUGGUCAGUGUGCUAAAACAAACCAUAGAGAUCACGAUUGGAAAACUAUAACCGCAGCAGCCAACCAAAGAAGAAAAGGUUUGUUAACACUUCUGAAAAAGAUUAAGAAUGAAGAUCUACAUGAGGUAGAUGAGAAGAUAAAGAAGAUGUCGAAACAAAUUACAGAAAAUAAAGAAAUUUGUGAUUCUGAGAUUGAAAAUCUACAGACGCAUUGUGACCAGAUAAUCACCAGGCUGACAGAAAUCAAAAAACGUCAUGAAAAGAAAAUGAAAGACAACUUGAUUAAAAAGAAUGAUCAAGUAAACCAUAUGAAAACUGAGUUAGAGAAGAAGAAGAAAGAAAUUUUGAACACAGCGCAAUUCAUCGAGGAGAACAAUAGCACCAUGUCAGAUUACAGCUUGAUUGACAAUCACAGAGACCUGACAAAAAUGUUGUCCAGAUUGGAGGUUUAUAAGACAAUCUAUGGACAUUCAGUAAGGUUCAUUAGAGGUGAAAUCAAGGAAGAACGUCUUGAGUCUUUGGUUGGAAAGACAUUAAACUUGGAUAAUAUUGGAGUAUCUCAAAAGGACUCAUUUCAAUAUGGAGAAAAAACAAUCUUUUCUUUGGAGACAUUCAGUGAAAACCAAUGUUAUAUAAAUGAACUAAAUUCAAAAUACAUAGAAAAAGUAAACCAGCAAGGCACAAAAGAAGGUAUUUUUUUUAUUUUUCCGCAAGACAUGUGUGUAGCUGAUAACAGUUAUAUUUAUUUCACUGACUCUAACAACAAGUCCAUCAGUUGUCUGUCACCAUCAGGAUCUGUCUCUACAGUCAUCGGUUCAGCUCCACUGGAACCAGGAGGAAUCUGUCAGUCAUUGGACGGUGGACUACUGGUAACCAUGAUUGACAAUGAAUCAGAUCUUUACAAAUUAGACUCACACAGCAGACGUCUGAUGAGACACGUCACAGUGACGGGUGAUGUCAUCCGAGAGUAUGAGUACCAGGAGGACGGUCACACCAGACUGUUUACAGUGCCACGCAGAGUGACACAGAACAGUAACAGUGAUAUCUGUGUUGUGAACAGUACAGGUGAAAACACAACUGAUCUAAUAAUAAUGUCUUCCUCUGGUCGUAUGAAGGUUGUUUAUCAAGGACAGAACCUGACAAAGAACUUUAUUCCAACCGACGUAGUGUGUGACUCCCUCUGUUACAUUCUCGUUACUGACUGUAAUAACAAAAAAAUCCAUCUGCUGAGUCCUGACGGGGAGUUCCUAAUGUUCUUACCGACAGAGAAUAAAGGCAGACCAUAUUGUUUAUCACUAAGGAAGUCUAUACUAUGGGUGGGGUACUUUGGAGGAUUUGUUAAGGUGUUUAAAUACAGAAUGUUGUUAUGA